CCACGUUCAAAAGCAGCGUACGAGGAAAAAAAACGACUCCGCUGGUCUUUCCAGUUCAUUUCAAAACGACAUUUCGCGUGAAGUCGUUUUUUAUAUAUCAGUUUCUGCAGCUACGUUCGUGCUGAUGCUCUUAGGAGUGGACAUUGUCAUUAACAAGCUCCAAUCCAAGCCUACAACUCCUUAAAGUCUGCAAUCUCUGAUCCGAGAGUAGCUGUCUGGAGUUCCGAUGCUAUGAUGGUAUCUCUUGAAAUCUCUUCCAAUGCUCAGGUACUCUCUAUUCCCCUGUUCUCCUAUCCUCCUCUCGCGCCUCGGUCCACAAAAAUCGCUGCACUGGAAACCCCGCCACGAAUCAAAGCUGACCCGCCCCGAACUCAUCGACCGGAUCUCCCGCCUUCUCAUCCUUGGUCGCUAUCAUGCCCUCAGCGACCUUAAUUUCGUUUUCUCCGAUGAUCUUCUUGAUUCUGUUUUUCUUAAACUCAAACUAAAUCCUAAUGCCUGCUUGAAUUUCUUCAAAUUGGCGUCGCAGCAACCCAAUUUUCGACCCAACAUUAAGUCGUACUGUAAGCUUGUUCACAUUUUGUCUCGGGCUCGACUGUAUGAUGAGACCAGAACCUAUUUAAACGAAUUGGUUAGUCUUUGUAAGAAUAACUACUCUUCAUUUCUCGUUUGGGAUGAGCUUGUUAGGGUUUACAAGGAGUUUUCAUUUUCGCCUUUGGUUUUUGAUAUGGUAUUAAAAGUAUAUGCUGAGAAGGGAAUGACAAAGAGUGCGCUCCAUGUGUUUGAUAAUAUGGGAAAGUACGGUCGAGUGCCCAGCUUGCGAUCUUGCAAUAGUUUGCUGAGUAGUUUGGUUCGAAGAGGUCAAAGUUACACUGCAGUGCUUGUUUAUGAACAAAUGAAUAGGCUAGGAAUCGUACCUGAUGUUUUUACUAGUGCAAUUAUGGUUAACGCGUAUUGUAAGGAGGGAAGGGUAGACAGAGCUGUGGAGUUUGUUAAGGAAAUGGAAAAUUUGGGUUUUGAAAUGAAUGUGGUGACUUAUAAUAGCUUGAUUAAUGGGUGUGUUAGCGUCGGAGAUAUGGACAGAGCCAAAGAGGUCCUGAGAUUGAUGGAUAAGCGAGGGAUUUUGAGAACAAAGGUUACGUUUACGCUGUUGAUUAAAGGUUAUUGUAGACUGUUCAAGUUAGAGGAAGCAGAGAAGGUGCUCCGUAAAAUGGAGAAAGAGAAGAACGUGGUAGUGGAUGAAUAUACUUAUGGCAUAUUGAUUAACGGUUACUGUCAAGUAGGAAAAAUGACUGAUGCUAUUAGGUAUCGAGAUGAGAUGUUGAACACAGGAUUGAAGAUGAAUUUAUUUAUUUGCAACUCAUUGAUGAAUGGGUAUUGUAAAAAUGGUCAAGUUUGCGAGGCAGAAAGGUUAUUAACAGAUAUGGGGAAAUGGGACUUAAAGCCAGAUUCUUAUAGUUAUAGUACUAUCGUGGAUGGAUACUGUAGAGAAGGUGUUACCAAUAAGGCCUUCAAUGUUUACAAUAUCAUGCUUCAGGAUGGAAUUGAACCUACUGUUGUAACUUAUAAUACUCUUCUUAAGGGCUUAUGUCAUGUGGGUGCCUUUGAGGAUGCUGUGCACCUUUGGCAUUUAAUUUUAAAGAGAGGUGUGGCUCUUGAUGAGGUCAGUUAUUGUACUUUACUUGAUGGGCUCUUCAAGAUGGGAGAUUUUUCAAGGGCUUUGGCUCUGUGGAAUGAUAUUUUAGCUAGGGGUUUUGGGAGAAGUACAUAUGCUUUCAAUAUAAUGAUUAAUGGGUUCUGUAAGAUGGAGAAAAUGGUUGCAGCAGAGGAGACCUUUAACAGGAUGAAGGAACUGGGCUGUAAACCUGACGGAGUAACAUAUAGAACAAUGAGUGAUGGGUAUUGUAAACUUGGAGAUGUUGAAGAAGCUUUUAAAGUUAAAGAGAAGAUGGAAAAAGAAGCAAUUUCUCCUUCUAUUGAAUUGUAUAAUUCUCUUAUUGGUGGACUUUUUAAGUCAAAGAAAACAAUUAAGAUGACAGAUCUUCUAUCCGAGAUGUGCACGAAGGGAUUAUCUCCUAACAUCAUCACUUACGGAACCCUUAUUGCUGGCUGGUGUGAUGAAGGGAGACUGGAUAAAGCUUUUAGUGCAUAUUUUGAUAUGAUUGAAGAGGGAUUUGUUCCCAAUAUAAUUAUUUGCAGCAAAAUUGUCAGUAGCCUUUAUCGACUUGGUAGGAUAGAUGAAGCAAAUAUGUUGUUGCAGAAGAUGGUGGGUUUCGAUGUUUUUCUUGAUAAUGAAUGUUUUGACAGCUUUCACAAGGUUGAUGGCAGACAUCUUGAGAGUCAGAAAAUUGCAGACACUCUUGAUGAAAGUGCUAAAAGUUUUUCUCUGCCCAACAGUGUUGUGUACAAUAUAGCUAUUGCGGGGCUUUGCAAGUCUGGGAAGAUUGAUGAUGCAAGGAGAUUUUUCUCAAGUUUGUUGCUAAGAGGUUUUAGUCCAGAUAAUUUUACAUACUGCACGCUGAUUCAUGGCUGUUCAGCUGCAGGUAAUGUGAAUGAAGCUUUCAAUUUGCGGAAUGAGAUGAUGGAGAGGGGCCUUGCUCCAAACAUAAUUACAUAUAAUGCUCUAAUAAACGGUCUAUGCAAAUUGGGAAAUCUGGAUCGAGCACAUAGGCUGUUCAAUAAACUUCACUUGAAGGGACUAACUCCAAAUGUUAUUACAUACAAUACAUUGAUUGAUGGAUACUGUAAAAAUGGUAACACCAGAGAAGCCUUGGAUUUGAAAAGUAAGAUGAUAAAAGAAGGAAUCUCUCCUUCUAUUAUUACCUAUUCUACUUUGAUUAAUUGUUUUUGUAAACAAGGAGAUAUGGAAAAAUCUAUUACACUUUUAGAUGAGAUGACAGAGAUGUUUGCAGAUCAAAAUCUGGCGACAAUUUUCAAGUUAGUUGAUGGUUAUAUUAAAGGUGGAAACAUAAAGAAGAUGACUAGGCUGCAUAAUAUGAUGGAUGUGACCUUUCCAUCUUCUGGUGUGAUUUCUCCUAAACAAAUGGAGUUAUCAUUGUUCUCAAUUUCUAGAGAAAUGCUGGAUGCAUGUAUUAUGUCUGAAGGAGCGUGUUGAUGAAUGUUCAGCAAUGUGAGAAUUUGCUGAAGGUUGCUCUGUUUGGUCAAAAUUAUCUUUUAUUACAGCCCCUUGAGAAUCCCAGGAUGCGAUUGGUCAGUUUCAUCUUGGCUUUUAGUUUCAUGGUGUUCUCAUCAUUUCUCAAUGUACUGGUGUAAUUGCACUGGAGCAUAUAUUUGGAACUGAGAGACUGAACCCUUGAGGUCAAAUUGCAGACUGUAAUUAUUGUGGUCUUGAUUGACAAAAUAAGAAACCCGCUUACAUCACGUGAACAUGUACUGGUUGAUCGACAUUGGGGAAAUUUGGGACUUCCACUGCUUCCGAAGACCCAUACCUGGAGAGUGGGGAGUGGACUUGCACCACAGCACAUCAAAUGUUGAUCCACUGUCAUCUGCAUGACUGCCCAGAAAAUGCCUGCUACUAGGAUGACAGCUAUGACAAAUUGUAGUCUUGGCGAGAUGAUGAUGGGUCUCAGCAAGCAUGCUAACCAGUCAUUUAUAUGGAUAGAAUACAUCACAUCUUAGUGUGAAUUUGAUUAAACGAGGUCCAAUUUAUGGGGGGUGCAUUCUGCCAAGAAGAGAGAGGAAUCUAAUAUAAGGUUAUUAGAUUUUGAUGUUUGAUCCUGAAGGUGUUGGGUAUUGAGAGGUAUUGUAUUUUCAGGGCAAAGUUGCUCCAUGGCUUUCAAUUGUGAUGCAAUUCAUAGUGACUUCCAGGAAGGUGCUUUCAUUUGCCAAGGGCAGUCUCUGGAGAUUCUUAAUAAAAAUAAAAAUAAAAAUAAAAAUA